AUUGCCUUCCCUCACUCUGAUCUGAAGAUCGGCUGUAGAUAUAUCAAGAUGAAGAUCUGCUUGAUUCUCGUUUUCGCCCUGAUCGCCUUUGCGCUCGCUGAGUAUUACGAUACGGAGAAUGUAAAAGAUCCAGACGGCUGGCAAUGUGGCACCACGGUAGACAACAGUGGUAAGGAAGUCUACGUAAGCUCCAUGUACGUGAUACGGGACGGACUAAUGAUCUUCGUACGGAAGUUGGGAUGUCUUGAGAACAAGAGAGAGGGGACGCCUACCGGAAGUGAUUUCCAAGAAGGUGGUGUUGGUUCCCCUACAAUCAGGUGGCAUACAUGCAGCGACCCAAGUGGAAUCUGUACCGGCGAAAUCUGGGAGAUGAAUCAAUAAACAGAUAUCAUAUAAUCAUUGGAGAACUUGCAUGUACUUUCUGCCAAAUAAAUAUGUAAGUUUCUCAACGCUGAUCGCAUGUAA